AAACGACAUCGCAACACUGAACUACGCUCCGUCUGCCCUGUUUUCGUGUUCUGUGUAGACACCUAGAGAUUAAUUAAAUUUUUCUAUUAUUACGUGGAGGACUUUUAUUUUGAACAUUACCAAAAUUCAGAGACCCGGAAGUACUUUUUUUUGUGUUGCUAUUGCUGAUUGGACACUGAUUAAGCGGGUCCUCUUACUAAACAGUGCAAAGCACCUUCAUUGUGUGGAUUUCAUCGACUUUUGGACCGCUGCAUCGUAGCCUACAGUCUGUUGCUGUUAUUCAUUUAUGAACCGGUUAAGUAACUGUACUUUGACAAUCUCAACACUAUAUAUUGUGUUCAGUCUUGCCGCCGUUAUGAAGGUCAAUCAUACAUAGGCCUACAGUUCACCGCUGUGGGUUUCGAAUUGCUGUAACUGAGCAGUGCCGCACGGACUUUGUACUUUCCUGCCCGAGUAAACUUGUCUGCUCGCACCUUGAUCAGGUAGCUACCGAAAGUGGUAGGCUAAACGAAGCGGUAGCCUAUGUCAGCAUGUCUAUGACAGAAUUGUUGACACUGAAUAACUCUGAGUCUUCGUCCACCAUGGUUGGGACUUUCCCGCUUCUAGAAGUGCAGCCCACGCGGGGGCUCGUGGAUGAGAAGAUCCAGGUUGUUGUGAGGAACUUACCUCCGGCGCUCUCGGUGACACUACAUUCCCUUCAUUGCUCCGAGGAUAAGGACUUUUGGGAGGCGUUCGGCCAUUACAUUAGCGACGGCCAAGGCACGGUGACGGUUGCUAAGGAUGCCAGUCUUGGAGGAACAUAUGAAGGCACGGAGCCCAUGGGUCUACUAUGGAGCAUGCAGCCUGUUCCAGGGAGUCGGACAGGCCUCAGGAUAAGAAAGAUGGAUGUCCUCACUCCUAGUGUGGUACACAUCUCUGUGUACAGUGGGCACAUGACUGAGGGCUUCAGCAAGCAGUCUCCCCUAGCGACCGUUGUCACAGAACGAUGGUACAUGGCACCGGGUGUGUGCAGAAUUGACAUCAGGGAACAUGGGGUUCGAGGGACCCUCUUUUUACCCCCAGGUCCUGGACCCUUCCCUGGGGUGUUGGAUAUGUGGGGAGGAGGUGGGGGGCUGGUGGAGUACCGCGCCAGCCUCCUUGCGUCACAUGGUUUUGUUUCCAUGGCGCUAGAGUACCUUUCCCAUGACAAGAACAGAACCUCAGACAUCGACUUAAAAACCUACUUUGAGAAAGCAUUCAGGAUUGUGCAGGAGCACCCCCUGGUGAUGAAGGACAGAGUUGCUCUAUUUGGUCUCUCCUUCGGAGUGUCAGUCACCCUCACCUUGGCAGCCUACUCCAAAGUCAUCAGCCCCAGAUGCUGUGUGUGUAUCAGCGGGAGUCACGUCCACCCGGUCAACAAGUCAAUCCACGAAGUGUUUACGAAGAUAAACGAGGACGGAUAUAAGACCCAAUUUGAUGAAGAGGGCCGUGUGGUCUGGAGAGACAUCAUUCUGCCUAUCCCAACCGACCCUGGAGAGAAAGUGGAUAUUGGGAGGAUAAAGUGUCCAUUGCUGUUGGUCGUCGGGGAGGAUGAUCAGAACUGGGCGACAGUGGAAUCUGCAGAGGACAUGGCCCAGAUGAUGCGUGCAGCGGGUAAUGAGCACCUACUGACCAUUCUAAAAUACCCUGAUGCUGGACACCUCAUUGAGCCGCCCUACACACCCCACUUCAGAGCCAGCAACUUCAUAGUGCCUCAAACACGACAGAAAGUGAUCAUGUUGUGGGGAGGGUACCCAAAGCCGCACGCCGUUGCUCAAGAAGACUCCUGGGAAAAGAGCCUUGGCUUUCUACGGCAACACCUGUACCCCAGCCAUGACUCUGGCCCUAAGGCCAAGCUGUGAUGUCACACCCGAGUAGCCUCCAGGACCGAGUAUGAUUGACUAAGCUAUAACUUUAUGUACUAUUUUAUAUGUUAAUGUAUUUAAUUUGUGACAAGACUGAAUGCUUGAAUGAGAAAGUCGUCCGACCAGUGGACACAGCUGUAGAAUAUAAAUUGAUGGCUGAUGGUGAGUGUCCACAGUAGUGGGUCAGAGUCUCUCAUUCACUGUACUGUAGGAGUUUCAAGCUGCCAAUAGUAUUAACACCUGUGCCUAUAACCUAACUGCCAUAGUACACAGAUGACUGAUUAUAUUUUUUGAUUAAUGAGGAAAUAAUAGGAAAUGUAUUGUCUAUGAUGUUUAUAAUAAAUCAGGAAGAAUAUGAACAAUA